AUGUUAGGCAGCGAAUCAAAUCCGCUGGAAGUACAAAGGGACGCGGACAAUGAGGGGACAUCGUACCCAGUCGAAGAUAAAAUACCGUCUCCAUCGGCUGCCCUCGCGCAGGCGGCGGAACCUCCCAUUGAAUCGCGAACCUCUGCAUCUUCUGCCGAACUCCCUACAGCGCGAGAGGACCAUAUACACACGAAAUCAGAGGAACAUCCGAAGCUUCCGCCAUUGAACGGAGCAGCCCUACAUGUACCGAAGGACGAUGCUGUGGAAAGCCGUGCAGAGAGCGAGUCUGAGACGAGUCCCUCAGGGGACAAGAAGAACGAGGAUGCUGAGAAGACCAAGAAGAGGCAGAGCUUCUUCGUCCGAACGCUCUGGACGUUCAUCAUGAUCGGGGGGUUCAUAACUCUGCUUUUGUUAGGGCAUGCGUAUAUGAUUCUUCUGGUCAUGGUCUGCCAGACUGCAGUGUAUCGCGAAGUCACUGCAUUGUUCACGUUGGCCGGUCCCAAGUCGGACGAUGGCGAAGAUGAUGGCGAAGGUCGAGAUCCUUGGAGCAAGACCCUCAAUUGGUACUUCUUUGCUGUAACGAACUAUUUCUUGUACGGAGAAAGCAUCAUCUACUACUUCAAGCAUGUCGUGUUCGCCGACUCGCAGUUGCUGCCGUUUGCCACAAAUCAUCGGUUCAUCAGCUUCAUAUUGUACACGAUUGGCUUCGUUGGCUUCGUGUCAUCGCUCCAGCGUGGCCAUCUGAAGCGCCAAUUCGGUCUUUUCUGUUGGGUGCAUAUGACUCUGCUCAUGAUUGUGGUGUCAAGCCACUUUAUAGUCAAUAAUAUCCUCGAAGGCAUGAUCUGGUUCUGGGUACCGGCGUCCUUGGUCAUCUGCAACGAUGUGUUCGCCUAUGUCUGUGGUAUUACCCUCGGGAGGACCCCGCUCAUCAAGCUUUCACCCAAGAAGACAGUGGAGGGAUUCGUGGGCGCAUUUUUCUGCACACUUAUCUUUGGCGUAGCAUGGGGAACCUACUUCAUGCAAUUUGAUUACAUGGUUUGCCCGGUCCGUGAUCUCGGGGUGAGCGCGUGGAACUCGGUAACAUGUAAUCGAAACCCGGUCUUCCUCUGGAAGGAAUUUGGCAUUCCUGCGCCAGUGCAGACUGUCUUGUCAGCGCUCGGUCGAACCGUCACCACGAUCCCAUAUGCACCUUACCAGUUCCAUCUGCUUGUGAUGGCAUGCUUCGCAUCCCUGGUUGCACCCUUCGGCGGAUUCUUUGCCUCUGGUUUCAAGCGUGCCUUCAACAUCAAGGACUUCGGUCACAGCAUUCCGGGCCAUGGCGGUAUGACUGAUCGCAUGGAUUGCCAAUUCCUCAUGGGUGUCUUCACCUACGUAUACUACAGCAGUCUCAUUCGACAACACCACGUCACUGUCGGCUCCGCUCUGCAGAUGAUCGUGAGUGGGUUAACGGUGGAUGAACAGUUGGAGCUCAUCGCCGACCUCAAAAGGUACCUGGAGGGACGAGGUGUAAAUGUACCCAUACCUCUAGCCGUACCAUCCGCAUCGGCGGCAGCCGUGGAACUGUAG